CCAUUUUUUAUGGUAUUUUUUGAUUUUUAAAUUGUUUUAUGGUAUUUUUUUAUGACAUAUUUGUGUAAACUUAAUUUUAAAACUCAUAUUUAAUGUUUAGAUACAUUAUUAAAAAAAACAAUUUAAAGCUAUUUCUUCUCCUCCAUUACUUGCCUCAUCCCUUAAUAGUCCACCUACCCACGUCUAUACACAGCGACACAUCCAGCAAUCGGUAGCGGCGACCCACACAUCUGACGACUGACGACUCAAAUGGACCCUGAGAUCUCCACCAACAAAACCUUAAAGGAUUGAAUAGAUUCCAUGGUUGUUGGAGAUCUAGAUCUGCACCGUAAUUGGAGCUCCACUGCCUGGUCCCGAACUCUUACAUAUUCUGAGUGACAAUGUAAAUUUCGACGACUUUUUUGGCACCAUCAGCAACUCUAGUGACUUUCUGUCACUGUCAGUAAAUUCUGACGACUUUUUCGACACGACAGUAGCUCUCUGGCAACUAGGUUGGUGUCUUAGAGCUUUUAAGAAAGAUGUAAAAUUUAUAUGAGUUUUAGUUUUUGUAAUUAUUUUUUAUUAAAAAACUAGUUUUCGAUUAUAUAGAAUUAAUUGGUUUAUUAAUUUAUUGUCUUAAUAAAAUUAUUUAAAUAUUAUUUUAGUUUUUGUAAAAAAAAAUAAAAAAUAAAAUAAAAUUCAGUUGACAUUAAUUUUUUAUUCUAGCAUUUUAUUUUUCAAAAAGAAAAAAAAACACAAUUUUAAAGUUUUUAUAUGGCAUUUCUUCUUACAUAUAAUAAUUUUUAUCCAUAUUUAUUUAUUUCUUUUAAAAAAAAAUGUAAUAUUUUGUACAAUUAAAUUUUUAUGCCAUAUAUAUAUAUAUCAAAACUUGUAUUUAUUUUUCUAUAUUUUUGUAAAUAGCACAAUUAAUUAUUUUAAAAAAAUUAUUAAUUAUGAUUAAUUUAAUUCUUAAAAAAAUUACCUAUUGAUAACUUACUAAUACAGGUAAAAAAAAUAUAAUAAUAAAAAUAUUAUCAUUGAGCAAUCACCCUUAUAUCCAUAUUAUAUAUAUACAUUUAACACUACCACAUAUUAACUAUAAAUUUUUUAUUGUAUUAUAAAUAUUAGAGUUUUCUAAAUUUUAAUGGGUUCCUCGUAGGUGCCCAAUGGAUAUAAUUAUGAAUUUUUUUACACCAUACUCCUAAUUAAAUAAAAAAUAUUACUUUUUAACAGUUGGUAGGAGUUUUUUUUACAUUUUUAGGGUUAUUAUCUGAUAUUUUCAUUAUUUUAAUGCCAAAUAAUUCAAACCUAAUCCUAGUGGAAUGCUAUAAAUAGAUAGUGAAGGCUUCAGGAAAUUUACACUUUUACUUCUGAUUUCCUUCAGAGAAAAACCUGAGCCUUCUCUCUCUAUACCUAGCCGCCACCUUCUUCUCUUUCUUCCCUCUUCAAUUUUGAAAUUACUUAGUGUUAGAGUAGUGUCCACACACAGCAAGUGAUACCUCAAUCAUAGUGAGGAAGAUCGUGAAGAAAGAUAUUCAACAAGAAGGAGUUUCAGCACUAAAGAAGGAGAGAAAUAGAUCUAGGUUCAGAUAUUGAUAAUGCUCUGCUACAGAAAGGAAUCAAGGGCUAGAUAUCUGAACGGAAGGAGUCAUAUUAUUUCGCUGCACCCAAUGAUUUAGCAACGGACGAAACCUAGUUUGGAUGUGCAAGACCCAGAGUAAUAACACCAUCUUUUAAGAUAGAAAGUUACAUGGGAAAGAUCAACUGCCAAAGAUUGCCGAUUCUUGAAGAUCACUGGGAACUGAUGUGUGUGCUUCUGGCGAGAAAGAUGAUACAAAGAGUAGAAGACAUAAAAGUUUUGGCGUUUUCAGUUUUGGAGGCAAAAAUUGGAUAUAGAAUUGUAUUUGAAUUUUAGUUCUAAAAAUGAACCGCAACUCGAGAGUAUUUUCUUUCAAUGGAUGAGAAUUUUAAUUUAUUUUACAUUUUUUCUAAGAAAAAAAAAACAAAACAAAUUCUCCUGUAAUAUUCCAUAAAACCUCUUUUUUUUGUUAACCCAUUUUAUUUUUACCUUUCUUUUCUAUAUAUUUAAUUUAUAACCUCUUUUAUUUAUUAUAUCCCGAUUAUACGUUUAUGUAAUGAAAAAAACCUUCCUCACUUUUAGUGUGUUAACACCUUUGAUGUGUUUAUCAAGUGUAACUAUAGUUUUCUUCAGUAUAAUGUAUAAUCCAUACUAAAAUUUUGGGUAAAUCCCCAUGUCAGAAAUAAUAAUAGCUUCAUUCUAAUCUGUGAUAUCAAAAUCUUUCUGCUCCGACAAAAUAACCAUUAAAAAAUUUGGUCCUCUACAUUUAAGCAACAUAGUAAUCAUUAUGUUUGUUUUUCAGCUAAAGUUUAUUGUACUUGCUCUGUUGAUCAAUAAAAUAUCGUCAUUCAGGUAAAUGAUUAGGCAGUUGGAUAAAUUACAUAAUUCAUUGGCAAAAACCUACCUUCAGACAUAAUUUUGGUCGAGGAUCUUUGAUUGGUAGAACUUAAUCCUUGGAUACAAUCCACCAUCGAACUUUUUUCAUACGUGUUUCUUUGUUGACGAUUUCGUGUGUAAGUUCACAUUAGUCCAGUGUCUGCUCCAUUUUGGCACCAUUCUAAAUUACCUUAACUACUAGUGUUAUUUCCUGAUUAACCAAAAGUAGUUGCCAAAGGUAUAUGAGAACGCUAAGAUUUACAAGGAAAGAACUAAAAGGUGGCAUGACCGGAACUUAGUCAGGAAGGAGUUUCAACCUGGGCAACAAGUUCUACUUUUCAACUCAAGGCUGAAGUUGUUUCCUUGUAAAUUGAAGUCACGGUGGUCAGGGCCAUUUACAGUGGUUAAAGUGUUUCCUUAUGGAGCGGUGGAAUUGAAAGGUGAAGGCCCUAAUACUUUCAAGGUGAACGGGGCAGCGGUUAAAGCUCUACUUGGGAGGUCAAAUUGAUCAAACCAAGUUCGCCAUGAUUUUGGCGCCACUAUGAAGACUCAAUCAACGUCCAGCUGUGCGACGAUAAAGGCAACGCUAAUUGGGAGGCAACCCAAGUGUUCUUUAUGGUUUAGUUGAACUCUUUUAUUUUGUUUUAGUGUUAUUUUCUUUUUCUGUUCUGGCUAGUUUUCUUUAAGAAACUGGUAAAACAAUCUUUAGUUUCUUGUUAAUUUAGUAUUGUAUAUAUAAAAAAAAAAAUUAAGGUACGACCAAGUGGCCGCGGCCAGAUGUAGGCCGCCGCGGCCAAAAGGGUCUUACAGGGGGCCUUUUUUUCGAAGUAUUUUGGCCGCGGCGAGGGAAUGUAUGGCCGCGGCCAAAAGGUCUGGGCAGAAUGGCCAAUUUUUGGGCCUAUUUGGCCGCGGCGAGCCCAUUUCUAGCCGCGGCGAGAUGGGUCACACGGGAUUUAAAACCCAAAAUUCCAACACAUUUCAAACUUCAAUCUUUUCUCAACCCUAACCAUCUCCACGCCGAAUACCCCUCUCCUACACCAUUUUUCUUCUUCAAAUUCCAUUUAAAACCUUUUUCCAUCAAAUCUAACCAUAAAUUUUCAUCCCAAAUCAUCAUAAACCAUUAUUUCUCUCAUCAAACACUCUUUUCCUCUAAAAAUCCAACCCUAAAUCCCUAUAACCUCACCCAAAUUUCAAAAAUCACUAUUCAUCUUCUUCUUCCUCACAAAACUUCAAGACUUUCUUCAAUGGAGGUUGAAUAAAGAUGGAUUCUCAUUGAGGUAACAAUUUUGAAUCUCUCUAUAUAAGUUUUAUUGGAUUAUUUGUGGAUUGUUAGAGAAUUUUGGACUUUUUGUUGGAUUUUUGAGAUUUUUGCUCCAUACAUUGUUAAAAAUUAUUGUUGUGAGUAGAAUUGAGUUUGUUUGUGAAAGGGUUAAUUCCCGGGAAGUGGAUUUUUAAGGGGAAGUGCUGUCAAAAUUUUAAAAAAAUCUUGAGAGUUAGAAAAUUUGAGGUGAGAUGGGUCCUAAAAGAUCAAGAGUGAGUGAACAAGGGGGAACCUCAUCAUCCAACCCACCUAGGGGUCGCUCUAAUCUAGAUAGAGUAAGGUUUACCAAUACGGAUGCUCAAGAGCGGUUUUUGAAAUUGAAAGAUAGGGCAUUUAUUGAAGAUAGAUGGAUUGAUAUUGUUAACCUGAGCCAAACUGCAAACAUUCCUGCUGUAUUUGCGUCCAUUAGAGAUCAAAUCUUAAAUAGGCAGUGGACUAAGCUCGUGGAUGUCACCGAGCGUAGCAACCAAACCUUAGCUUUAGAAUUCUUAGCCAACUGGCCAGAAAGAGAGGAUGACAAAGUGAGAGUUAGGGGGGUUAAAGUGCCUGCUUCCACAGCUGAAAUUCAUGCUCUUUAUGAGCUCCCAACCUUCACUGUAGAACAGCAACCUUUGAAGCAGCAAUUUCGGGCAAAAAGUUUGGAUUAUGUGGAUAUAGCCGAAACUCUAGGGUAUCCUGGACUUAGAUUUCAUACAUAUGAUGGAGAACCAUAUCAAUUGUUUCGGUGUGAACUCAACCAGGUAGCCAAGGCGUGGCUAUACUUUGUUAGUGCAAGGAUGCUCCCGAACAAACAUUUUUCGGAUGCUCAGAUGGACAGGCUUAAGUGGGUGUAUGGAAUUAUGAAAGGUUAUAAUUUGAAUGUGGGGGACAUCAUUCGAGUGACAUUUGAUAUAAUGGUUGAGGGGUCUUGUGGUGGUGGACUUGGGCUUGCUUGCAUUAUCACCGAUCUGUGUGAGAAACAUGGAGUACCACAGUACUCUUAUGAUACCAAGGUAGCGCCACAACGCAGUAUUAACUUAUCCACUGUUAUUCGACUCAAACCUCCUCACCCUCAUGGUCAACCGCCAGCUCAGGGAGAUCCUCCUGCAAGAGAACAAGAGGAGCAGGAAGACAUUGAACCACCACGUCUUGCUGGGCCUCUUGACCCAGCCAUGCAGUACACUCAUGAUCAGCUGAAUUAUCUGAUUCAGCAAAAUAUGCACAUGCAGAAUUACAUGGCCCAACGGAGUGUUUUCGAUGAGCAGCAGGUGGCCCAAUUGAACACACUUGUCACGAGGAUGAAUGUCGGUGUGGACGAUCCUAAUUACUUUGCCAUGCCACCCCGCUUCAACCCCUAUGAUCAGCCACCGCCGCCAAACCCCUUUUAAGGGGCUCAGGUAAGUUUCUCUCCUCCUAGUUUAUUUUCACACAUUGGGGACCAUGUGCAUGUUUAGUUUGGGGGGAGAGACUUAAUUUUUUCAGUUUAUUUAUUUUCGUUAAUUAGUUUUUUUUUUAGGGUCAUGUGUUGAUAUCUAAGUUGGAAGAUUGAUUGAACCACUGUUAUUCACUUGUGCAAUGGAUUAAAACAUAACUGUGUGCUUGAUUUGCAACUGUUUGAAUCAAGGUGGAUGUGUGUUAUGAGGUUGUUCAUGUAGAUAUAAAACAUUAGUUUUUGAUGCAUAUCACGUCUGUUCUAUUUGGUUUGUGGAAUGAUUGACUGUACAUGGAAUAGAAUUUGUUUGAUAUACUUUCUUGAAGCGAAAUCCUUGAUGAUUUUUGUUUGGAAAAUGAUUUAGGCAAGUUUUCUUUGGAGCGAUUGAGCCUUUUGAGCCUACCCGAACAUUUUACCAUAAUAUACCCAAAGUUGAGCCUUAACCUAUUCUAAAAAAAUUUCUCACCACUUAACUAAGCUAAACUCAUUAUCCUUAACUCUUUUCACUCUAAACAUACCUUAUUAUGCCAUGAGCCUUUAAGCAAGUUUAGGGGGAUAAAUUGUUGUAAGUGGGGAAAUAAAGUGUAUUAGUAAGGGAUUGAAAAAAAAGAAAGUAUUGUGUGUUGUGCCUCUAGUGAAAAAAUAGAGGAAGAAAAAAAAAAUAUGUGAUAAUGUCUCCUUGAAAAAAAAAAUAAAUAUGAAAAAAAUAUGAGGUACGCACAUUGGAAAAAUAUGCAAUCUCUUACUAUUGUCUUUGGGAUAUAUGAAAGAAGAAAAGAAAGAAAAUAAAUGUGGGUGCUUGCUUGGUUAAUAGUGCUUAUGGUAUAAUGUAGCUUAAAUGACUUGUCACCUACCCAUGUACCUAAGUCACGUUGUGAUAACCGAAAAAGACCUAUUGAUUCCAAAGAGAAAUCUGUCAACAUUAGUGGAGAGAGGCAUGUCAUUCAAACUUAUUGAUCAUGUGUUAGUGGAAUGUCGGGAAGUUUAGAACGGUUGUGAUAUGGACGGCAAUUGCGAUGUUUUGUGUUUGUAUGAAUUGCUUACUUCUAAAUUGUACAUCCAAAUUAGUUCUUAGAGUUGGCAAGUUGAAACUCUGGUUAUUGAUGGCUUGAAGUUGUGCAGGUGGUGGUAGCGGUUCAAUCGUCGGAAAGUUUAGUUAUCUAUUGUGUGUUUGUUUUUAGUUUGAGUCUUAGUUUUACUCGGGGGCGAGUAAAGAUUCAGUUUGGGGGAGUUUGUUAGGCUAUUUUUAGCCUAUAUUUUGGAUCUAUUUUAUGUGCGUUUUUCACUGUGUUGGGACGGAAUUACGCUUGUUUUCUAUGUUUUCAGGUUCUUUGGAAUAAUAGAGGUCUCGGAUGCAAAAAUUCAGUAAAAGACGAGCUGAGCCAAGGAAAACACGAUGUUUGAAGAAUUAUGCAUAUCUCGCCGCGGCUAGACACAGCUUGGCCGCGGCUAGAACACGAAAUAAAUGAGAGAUUUUGGGAGUUACAGUCACCGCGACGAGGGGAUGUAUGGUCGCGGCUAAAUACUAGUUGCAGAACUAGGUGUUUUCAGCAUUUAUCUGGCCGCGGCGAGCCCAUUUCUAGCCGCGGCGAGAUCCCGUACGGCCCAGGGGUAUUUUUGUCCAUCGAACUCUAAAAAUUAGUUAUAAAUAGAAAACUGCGAUUGGAAGUCAGGGGAAGCAAUUUGGAACCCUAAAACACAGCAGAGAGCGACAGGAAGAGCAUAGUGAUUCAAGUGACGAUCCAGAAUUCAUCCACCAACAGUUUCUUUCUUUAUUCCUCUUUAAUUUCUUUAUGUUGAAUAUUGUUAUAGGAAUGGUUAUGGAUCUAUUUCUGAACUAAAUUCCCCAUUUAGGGAGGAUGAUGAUUGUUGUUUAAUGUUUUGCCUAGUUAAUGUUUAAUUGCCAUUCCUUCA